CUACCCAUUGCGAGUGCGUGCUUGUGUGGGGUCUUGAAGCGGAGCGGAGACAGCGGAGAGAGGAUCUCCCGGCGUGGAGACGCAGACCACAUCGGGGGGAACAACGAUGCCCAAUUGCCGGUAGCCGGCGCUUGCUACCCGGACACCUUUUCUUAUCUCAGCCCGUCCACCUGAGCCACCACCCGGAAGGUACACGCUGCCUUCGAGCGGACUCACGAUGGCUAAGAGCGGAACUCUAGUUCUUCUCUGCAUGCUGCUGGGCUCCGGGGAGCUCCAAGAACCGGAGCCACGAAGGCUGCCACCGCCGCCAGCCAAGUUGGACUUCGGCUAUGUGCCCGCCGGGGUGUACGAGACGGUGGCCCACUACGAACCAGGACCCAUCGGCAUUCUGUUUCACAUGGUGCACACUUUCCUGUGCGCGGUCCAGCCCAACGACUUCCCGAAAGAUCUUCUUAUCAGACUGGCCAAGGACAAGUUUGGAGCCCUUCAGACUGAAUAUCAAAAGCCAGAGAACAUAGUGCUGAGCCUGCAGGCGCUCUACUACGAGGUGGGAUUCCUGGUAUGUGCGGCGGUGGGUGUCCUGUUCACCGUCCUGGUGCCUGUGGUGGGCCUCUUCUUCUGCCUGUGCCGCUGCUGCGACAACUGCGGCGGCGAGAUGCACCAGCGGCAGAGGAAGAACGCCGACUGUCGACGAGGGCUGCUGGGAACUCUGCUCUUCUCCACCUCGCUGGUCAUCACGAUUGGUGUGUUGUGCGCAUACGCCGCCAACCAGACUCUCAGCGCUCAGGUCAAGAACAUCCGACGUCUGGUCAACAGCAACAUGAGGGACCUGCAUACCUUCGCCAACGACACACCAAUGCAAAUCGAUUACCUCACCUCACAGUAUGCCAUCGCCAAAAACCAAGUCCUCCACGAUGUGGAGAAUAUAGGUCCGCUAUUAGGUGGAAGGAUACGCGACGCAUUGGAUCAGGAGGUGCACCCGGCUUUGGACGCCGGGCUAAAAAUGACAGGAGCCAUGCGUGAAACUAAGGAGGCCCUGGAGAAUGUGAGCGUGUCCCUGCAAGUGCUGCAGGAGGCCACGGGCAAGCUCGACUUUAACCUGAGCCUGGUCCGGGCCAACAUCAAGCGCUCCCUCAACGAUCCCGGUUGCCACGAUGAAGCGUCAGAUGCCACCUCGGCCCAGCUGUGCCGGGGCAUUCGCCAGUCGCUCGAGCAGCUGCACAUCAGCGCCAACUUCACACGGCUUCCCAACGUAAAUGCUCAAUUGGAGAAGAUGAAUGAUGUGUUAAAAACGGACCUCAGCACCGUCAUCAACAAGGGUUACGCAUCCUUGAACGACACGCCUUACAUGGUGAUGGUACAGACCCGGCCUGUUGUUGACCCAAUCCAGAGUUUAGUGGAGAACAUCGGUGAGAACAUAGGCAACCUGUCCAAAGUGUUGCCCGUACAAAACUCCUUGUCCAAGUUCACCAUUUUCAUCAGCCACGUCCACGCCAAGAUUGAGGACCAGUACCCUGAAAUUGACAAGGUGGACUUCUACAGGUGGACGGGUUGCGUGGCUUUGUGCUGCAUUCUGGUACUGGUGCUGGCCUUCAACUACCUGGGCUUACUGUGCGGUACACUAGGAUACGACAAGCACGCCUCGCCCACUACGCGAGGCUGCAUCUCCAACACGGGAGGCACCAUGCUCAUGGCUGGUGUGGGUUUCAGCUUCAUCUUCUCCUGGAUUCUGAUGGGCCUGCUGACCAUCAUCUUCCUGGUGGGUGGCAACAUGGAGAAGCUCAUCUGCGAGCCGUUUCACACCAAGGAACUCUUUAAGGUGGUGGACGCUCCAUAUCUGGUGAAUCCUGAGUGGAGGAACUUCAUCCCGGGGUACUUGUACAACGACUCAGAGCUAGAUCUCACGGCAGAGAGCUUGUACAGCACUUGCAAAGAAAACAAAGGCAUCUACUCCGCCCUGCGCCUGGACAAAGUUUUUAAUGUAUCAUCUUUCCUCAACACCACAAUGUUCACAGCGGACAUGGUAACCCUUUUGAGCAGCGUGAAGAUUGACCUGAGAGGGAUCAUCUUGCUGGAAGCGGAGAGCAAGCAGAACCUUCUGGAUUUCUCCGAAGCGGGUCUGUCGGAAAUAAACUACGCAGAUUACCUGGAAGAGGUCAACAAAGGCGUCACAGUGGUGGACCUGCUCUCAUUUGCCAAAGAGCUGGAAGCUCAGACAGACCUGAUGCCUCGAGGUCCUCUGCAAACGUCUCUGAAAGGUCACGCGGACACCGUGCGACAGAUCCACAGCCACCAGGUGGUCCCCAUGCAGCAGGCCAUGAAAUAUGUUAGAGCCAGGAGCUCCCUUAACCAGAACAUGAGGUUCCUGGAGAGAACGGCCUCAGACCUGCCAAACAAAGUCUUAGCUAUACUAGACGCCAUCAACGCAACCCAGUAUCUCAUUUCCCAGAAUGCAACGCAUCUUAUUAAUCAGGAGAGCACAAAAUAUGCAUCAACUAUUGUGGGUUACUUCCAUCAAUACAUAGAGUGGGUCAAGACAUCACUGGCAAUGGAGGUGGCGCCAUGCAAGCCUUUCAGCAAUGUGCUGGACACAGCGGAAAUUUUUACCUGCAGCUUCCUGGUGGACUCUAUGAAUGUGUUCUGGAUGGGUCUGGGCUGCAGUACGCUCUUCCUCAUCCCAAGCAUCGUGUUUGCUGUCAAGCUGGCCAAGUUCUACCGCAGGAUGGACACGGAGGACGUUUAUGACGAUAUGGGAAGUGGUAAUAAUGGUUAUCAUAGCGAGCCCCCACAAGGCAUCCUAAACCCCCCCGUGACCAGCAUCCCAACGUACGAUACCAUGAACAGGUUCCCACGGGCCUCGGCUCCUCCGAGGCACAUCGACUGGUGACCGAGAGCCCACAUUUUCUUGUGGCUCCCGACAGCUUUUUUUAGGCUGUCUUCUCUUGCAAGUGACAUUAUGCUGCCAUGACCUUCACUGGAACUAAUAAAAGAAAGAAAAAAGAAUUUUCGUGUCACAAUGAAGAACUUUCUGAGCACUUUGGGACUGUCAUCAUCCUUCCUGCUAGACAUCAAUGGGUUGCCACCGAACUGCUUACAUUUCUGAGAACCCAAAAAUCCAAAAGGGAGUGCAACAUUUUCUUGAGGACAACAACAGUGGCUAAGUAGCCAUGGGAAGGUAACGACACAUUGAUUGAUAAAGGACCUGCUAAUGUUUGCUUCCUUGUUUUUGAGGACGACAGAAAAAGUUAUGUUUGCAGCAUGUUGGUAUCAACAAGAUAAAAAAAAAUGGACCAACUGGAGCUAGCAUGACUUUUAAAUGUUUACAAUAAUACACAAAGUAACGUGAUCCUUGUGGAUUUUGGGGCUCAUUUGCAAAAAGACUGGUUGCCUUUCAUGUUGGCAUUUGCGGCUUUUUAAAGGGACCGUUUGCCCUGCUAUGUGCUUACGCCAUUUUCAAGGUUUAUGAACUUUGCCAGAAUAUUUUUAGAGGAGCCCUUUUUUUUUUUCGCUAGAGCUGUAUGCUCAAUUUAUUCUGCUGCAAAUAUUACCCCACUCUCCACGAUGAAAUUUGACUUCACACUCAACCGAUGUUGAUGAAAUUGUUUUGUCUGCAUUUUGUCUUUAUUUAAUUUGUUGCGAUAGAUUCAUUGGAUGAGCACAACGUGUUUCAAACCUGUUUCAACACAGUUUACUGUUUUAUUCAGAUUGUGUUCAAAUUUUGCACCUUCGUAACAGUACUUGAGCUCGCCACAUGGACCAAAAAACUAUCAAUUUCUUCAGUUCACAAAGAUAUUUAAACCAUUCAAAAACAAGUCAGCAGUUUUAUUUCGGUGCAUUUAAACUUCCCUCCGAGCUCUUUUCCUUGCAUUUACAUAAAAAAAGUACAGUUGAACCAAAGAGUGACUUUUCCUGUGUAAAAUCAAACAUGACUAAUUAGAUGUCAAUAUUGAAAAAAUAUGUGGCUGUGUAAAGAAAAAGACGUAAGCUUUUUUUAUGUUAGUAGAUCAACAUCCAACCCCUCCAAUAAACCUUAGCAUCUGUU